AUGGAAUUCUGGAACACCACCUUGGAGAACAUUUUCUUCCUCAUUGGAAUUCUCCAGGACAGUAAGUACCCUGGUCUGGUUUGUGCCACAAUCACAUUCCUCUACCUCGUGGCCAUGAUCAGCAAUGGCCUCCUGCUAUUAUUGAUUGCUAAGGACAAGAGACUCCAUGUGCCUAUGUAUUUCUUACUCAGCCAGCUCUCACUUAUGGAUUUGCUCUUUACAACUGUCAUUUCCCCCAAAACACUAGUGGAUUACUUGCGUGGACAGAGCACCAUCUCUUUUUCAGGCUGUGGAUUGCAGAUGUUUGUGAUAAUGACACUUGGAGGUGCUGAAGACAUUCUGUUGGCUUUCAUGGCAUAUGACCGCUAUGUGGCCAUUCAACAUCCCCUGAACUAUAUGGUUUUCAUGAGACCCAAAAUUUGCUGGUCCAUGGUGGCCACAUCCUGGUUCUCAUCAUCCUUAAAUGCCCUUGUGAAUGUCAUAUACAUUAUGCACUUCCCUUUCUGUAGAGCCCGAGAGAUACACCACCUGCUCUGUGAGAUCCCUCCACUGCUGAAGCUCGCAUGUGCUGACACCACAAAGUAUCAGUUCAUAAUAUACACAAUGGGAGUGACAUUCCUCUUCAUUCCCCUCUCUGCUAUUUUUGCCUCUUAUACACUAGUCUUGACUACUGUGUUCCACAUGCCAUCAACACAAGGGAGACAGAAAGCUCUCCUUACCUGCUCAUCCCAUCUGACAGUGGUUGGGCUCUACUAUGGAGCUGCUGUAUUCAUGUAUAUUUUGCCCAGUUCUUACCAUAAUCCUCAGCAAGAUAAUAUUCUCUCUGUGUUCUAUAGUGUUAUUACUCCAACCCUAAAUCCCCUGAUCUACAGCCUGAGGAACAAGGAUGUACUAGAAGCCCUGAAGAAGGUGCUAGGAAAAGGCAUACAAAAACCAAAAUUAUAGGAGACUAUACAUGUCUCUACUUUAUCUCUCAGGUGAUAGCCAGUAGCUAGUAAAUUCUCUGAAGGCUUGUUUCCACUUGUCUGGAUCAUCUCAUGGGGCACAAUAAUAAAAAUUUCUCUUUUAUUCUUAAUUCGAUACUAUUGCAUCCUAUCCACAAGAGAGAAGGGAGAAUAAAUGGAAAUUUGAGUAAGAGAUACAAAAUAUUUUAUUCCUUUAAUUCCUGGCAAUAAUUGUGCCCAGGUAACAUAACUCACACUUCAUAAUUCAUUCUGGAAUUCUAUUUAAGGAUUUGUAAUCAAAAGUAACAGCCUAUUUGUUGAAGAAUAUACUUUUUCAAUUUUGAAAAAAAACAUAAAAUUUGUCCCUCUUCAAUAUUGUGAUUCUCUCAAUCUUCAUGAUUUUUCAAAGAUCACAAAUAUAGCUCAGCAAUGACCUAUGUGAAUAGCAUUGCUUAUAUAGUAAUUUCUCCCAAAAGUUCAUUCAAUCUCUACUUGAAAGUAUCACAGAAGGAUAAAUUUACUAUUUCCAGGGGAAAUUCUAUGUUAAUUAUUUUUUUCUUUCAUCAAAUAAAGUUGAGAGUCACCCACUGAGCAAUAGAGAACAAUGUUUGUAUAUAAACACAAAGAUACAUACUAGAAAUAGAAAAUACAUGCUAGAAAUAAUUUCUCCAUACUACAAAUGGAGAGUUAUUUUGAAGAUACAGUGGAAAAGGUGCUAUAAGGAUACAUGCAUCACUAGAAAAAUAUGGGCAAGUUACAUAGUGACAGCAAGAAAUAAUCUUUAGACAUUAUUCCAUUGAUGUCUAUGUAAUGUCAAGAAAAUUUUUUUUUCUUUCUAAUAAUUUGUACAAGAUGGAUAGGAAUGGAUGUGGUACUCUUUCACAUGAAUGAGAAUACAAUGCUGUUAAAAUAUAAAAAUAAUGCUUGAUCUGGAUAA